GUGCUCGGCAGCCCUGGCGUCAGUAUGUUUGUUUAGGUUUUGUGCAAAAUAAAGUGUUUGCUAUUUAUUCGUGUACAAUUGGAAUUUAAUUAAAAUGAGUGCAAUAGACAAUACGAAACAGCUAUCAAUUGUGGAUAUACGCAAUUAUAUGCUGCAGAACGACGGCAAAGUGACAAACCAUGCGCUGGUUAAGCAUUUCAAGAAAUAUCUAACGCACACACAAAAUGAAGCUGAGGCACGCAAACGUUUCAAAACAUAUGUGACGUUGCUUUCGACGAUUAAAAAUGAAAACAAUCAAAAAUAUUUGAUACUUCGUAAAAAGUAUAUCAACGAGUGUCCAGCCGACGAUGUCGUGGAACGUGCGGUGGAAGCAGCUGGAAAUGCAUCAGUGCCUUCCAGUCCAGGUGCCAGUUCCAUAGUGUCUAUGAACGACAGUGUUGCGUCGCCUUUGAGGCAACCGCCGCCCUACAAAGCUCCACCCGAGGUGCAAUCUCCUCCUGUGGCAACUGCUCCAGUGGUAAGUGCUCCUGUGGCAGCUCCUCCAGUGGCCGCUCCUCCAACGGCCGCCACUGGAGUUGCAGUUCAUCGGGAGCAGGUGGAAAGCUAUCGCGAGUGCGUCAAUGAGUUUACAGUCGCCAUGCAACGUAUUGAUCCAGCGCGUCUCGAGCUGCAACCGACAGCGACGCCUGAAGUCGAAACAGAAGUGGAAACGCCCAAGAAAUCAGAGGCCAAGUCCAUAUCGCGUGCUAAUUCACUGGAUGAGACUGCAAACAAGGAGAAUAUACCACGCUUCUCCUUCUCAUCGGGUGCUUCUACCGAUAGUUCGGCCGCAGAGAAAGUCUCAGGUGCCGAGGGCGAUGUGGCCGAAAAUCCCAUGAGUGUUAAGGAGGCGACGCGUAAAUUCAAUCGCAUGGCAUCUGAGGAAGAGGCUAAAAUCAUCUCACCACCCGCCAAAAAGAAGCCAGAGAAGCAAUUAAUUGAGGAAAAGGAUGCCGCGGAGGUGACACUGGCACAUCCCAAGGCUAAGGAAUGGAUUGUGGCCAUGGCCAAAGCUAAUUACCAGGAGUUGGCCAAGCUAGCUACCGAUGAUCCAGUGCUCGUCAAGCUGCAAGACCCAGCUACGGUAAGUCGACAUACCACUAAAUUUUGAAUAGUAUCUGUAAGUAAAAUAGUCAAAAAUUAAACGUGGUAAAUGAUAAACUU